UUAAUCAGCUGAUUCAGUAAUUUAGAAUAAACGUGUUUGAAAUAAUUUCCAUAUACCAGACUUUGAUCGAGAUGUUAUUAUCAUUGCUGAUCCCGGAAAUCCUUAUGAAGGUCAGCCUUAAUAUUCUCUACGAGUAAAUUUGAUGGCUGAGAGCGUUUUAGGAUUUUUCUUUCUCGUAAUUAAUUUACGGUCACGAUUAACACGCAUUCAUUACACGGGUCAAAGGCAGGUGUGUCAAUACACAUAUAAUAAUGCUUUCGGGGGGACAUUUGCAUUGUGGAAGUGCAUUCCCGUGUCAAAGUGGUUUAAGGACCUUCUAUAUAUAUAUAAUCCAGUAAAGUGACUGAGGGAAGCAUUUCAAACUUGUCACCUGUUCGUAGUAUAACAAAAAUCAUGGCAAAGCUUCUCGCUCUGAUGUUGGUUUUCAUAGUUUUAGGUUCAAUUCAUUGCCAAGAGGGAAAUGAAGAAGCGACAGCUGAUUGGGUCCAAGCAGCUGAGGGGGGUCAAAAGAAGGGCGAGGAGAGGGAAAAACCGACAUUCGGGGAUUGUGAAUGUAUGCAAGAUGAAGAAAAAUGUCCAGAAGAUUAUAUCCAUGUGGAUUACAAAAAUUACGACAAGAGGUGCCAGAGGGAAUAUCCUGGUUCAACAAUUGAGUACAAAUGUUGUUUACCCAGGCAUUUUUUCGAGGUUUAUCCCCCGGGCGUCAACGAACAUGCUGAGGGGCGCUGAUAUCGGAGGCUGUUUCUCCCACGUUCUUUUGUAUCCUGUUUGGUGUAUUUUCAUGUCUAGAAUUAGAAUACAACUAUUUUAUUUACAUAAAA